AUGACUACCAUUCUCGUGCCAUACAAUGCUAAAAUGGACAAAGUGUUUGCAUAUGGAGUUAUUGAAGAUACAAAUGCCCCUCAGUGCGCCCCUAGCUACGGCUUUCAAGUGGGUAUCGCUUAUGAUACUGGCUUUUUCGUGAACCCUGCUCUACUUCUGCCUUUCCUUCAAGAGGGUUACGUGGUGACUGUGCCCGACGAGCAGGGCAAUGUUAAUGCAUUUGCAUCUGGUCGUGUGGAAGGUCACCAGACAUUAGACGGUAUCCGUACAACGCUGGCCUUCGACAAACUGAAACUUGCCGACAAUGUCAAGGUAGCUGGUUGGGGCUACUCUGGCGGUGGCAUCUAG